AUGAUAAGACAUGCUAUUGCAGUAGACCUAUACUAUUAUGUAUAUAGAAUGAAGUUCACAUGUUUGAAGAUAGUGAAAAGGUUACCGUUUGUUAGAAAUGUUACUGGUUCUUUACUUGAAAAAAUAGAGAAUAUAGAGAUUAGUGUUGGGGGGUUUGGUAGGCAGUUACCGGAAAACUUUGAGGAUAUUGGUGAUGAUGAUGGAAUGGUUGUUGAAGAUGAUAUGUUGGACGGGAUGAUGAGGGAUUAUGGUGACGAGGAGGAAUACGUGGUUGUUAUCAAGCAUAGCUAUGGAGUAAUAUUAUCUGAAAAGAAGAAUAUUGAAAAAGCUCUAAAACAUGGAAUUGAGAAAGUCCCAAACAACUUGAGCUUGAAGGAGUGGUGUGAAAAAAACAAAAUAUUGUUCAAAGAAGUUAAUAAUGCAGAGAGUGGAGGAAUGAAAGCCAAGGAUCCUAGUUUUGAUGGUGAUAGUAACAAAGGAGAUGCAGAUGGUGGUAAAGAAGCAGAAUUCUCACCAAUUGGAGGAUUGGCAGUUUAA